AUGUGCUAUUGUAAAAAUGUUCAAAAAAGAGGAGGUUACAUUUUGACAAGUGAAUUACAUAUUGAAAUACUCGUAUCUGCAUUGGGAAAAGCAGGAGCUGUACGAAGGCUUGAAAUUCAAUGGGAAUACGCUCCCAAUAAUCCAGGAGAUUGGAUUGGAUUAUUUAAUUCGGAUCCUCUUAAUUAUAAUGAUAAUCUUUUAGAAGUACUUCCUGUAACAUCCAUUCACGGAUGGACAAACACAUCCAUAUUUGAAAAUCAUUUAGAACCUUCUAAACUUGGGUAUCAAGAUGAAACGGUAUUGGCGCAACUUAUUUACGGCAUACGUUACAUAGAUUUAAGAGUUGGAUAUUAUUCAGGGAAUAAUGAACAAUGGUGGGCUAAUCACGGAGUAGUAAGAAUUCAUCCUUUGAGAAUUGUUUUAAAUGACAUUAAAACUUUUAUAAAUAACACAAACGAAAUCGUUAUCUUAGAUGUUCAAGAAUUUCCUGUUGGCUUUACCUCAAUAGAUAUACAUUACUUAUUGGUUAAUUUUUUAGAAAAUGAAUUGAAUGAUCUUUAUGUACCAAACUUGGGAUGGGAUGCAACGUUAGAUCAAGUGUGGAAAACGGGUAAAAAAUUAAUUGUUGGAUAUGAUAGAAGAGAAAUAGCUGUUCAGUUUAAUUUUUUAUGGUAUUCUGUUCAACAAAAAUGGGGAAAUGUACAAAGUGUAAAUAAACUUUAUUCAUAUUUAUCUGGACUCAUAGCUAGACCUCCGUUUGAAUCGUGGUCAGCCAUGGCUGAACUUACUCCAACAACUUUGGAUAUAAUUUUGGAUAGACUUAAAGGCUUAAGAGUUAUGGCUGAAUCAGUUAACCACAAUGUCACCGAGUGGUUUCGUCAAAAAGAUUGGCAAACUAAAUCCAACAUUGUAACUGUUGACUUUUUCAGAAACACAGGGAUAAUUCGAUCAGCGAUUGAAUGGAAUAAAAAUCAUGGAAAUUGUCCAGGAUAUUAA